AUGUCCGCCCCUACCAGACAGUUUUGCAAGCUGUCCAUCGCCAGCGCCAUGUCACGACCGCGGUCCCAAAACCAGAGAGCACGACCUACGCAGAGCGACAACGACGAGAGCAGUGACAACAUGGAGGGCAGCAGCGAGGAAAGCGAGAUGGAGGCAGCAGACUCGGGUGAAUCGUUGACUGUGCAGGGGAAGUCGGGUAUCACGUACGACCUGGGCCGACUGGAUUCUGCGUCAGAGGCCAGAGCGCUGGUUGCAUUCUCGAGCCAGUUCGAGGUCAUUACUUGCUGCUUCGUGCAGACGGGGUAUGACUUUCAGCUGGCAGAGAAGUCUCGGGUUCAUCUAGGCCCGGAUGGCUAUACGUGUACCUGUUCGGCAUUCUCUGGCCGGCUUAACGUGGCCUGCCAACACAUCUUUUGGCUCCUCGAUCAAGUUUAUGCCUUCCUCCUCCCCCAACUCGUAUCCUCUGUGGUCCCUCUCGCAAGCGAUGGUCGUCUUCCGAAUUUUCCGCGCGUCGAGCAACUUCUCGACGGCAAACUCGAAACGGUUGCGGAUCAACUGGGCUGGCAGUAUGUUCGAUCCGAAGCAGUUGGUGGCAUGAGUCGUCCUCAGAAAGCUCGAGACCUUCUCUCUGCCUUCAGCAUGGGGGUCCUUCCGGAGGAUUUCCGCCUCGACCUGGUGGACGACACUGGGCUCUCGCGCACCCCUGAGCAGUGUGUCGUACAAGGGGACUUCGAAGCUACCCUGUUUCGUCUCACCGUGCACGACGAUGCGGUCUACUCCAGCCUCUGCAAAGCCAUGCCCUCGGGGGCCUGCGCGGCCAUCUACUUCGACAAAAUCCAGGAGCGGUCUCGCAAGCUGUUGGCCGACUUCGACCUCUUCUGCCAAACGGGGAAGCAACCAGACGACGGAGUGGACGUGAACGUCGCCAACGUUAUCCGGGAAUUACAGCACAAUGUGGAUCGAAUCCAGUGGAAUAUCACCGCACGAGCACCGCACGGCAUGGAAGGGGCUGCAAAGGCCCUGGUCACGUUGCUGGAGGACAUUUGCAAUCGCAACAAGGACGCCUUGGAUGGCAACCGAUGGGGACGGACCACAUUCCACGGCGAGGACGAGGAUGAGCGCAAUAUGUAUCAUCAGCUCAUCGGCACGACUGACGAAACCGGUCGGUGCUUUAUCCUCGAUACCCUCGAGCAUCUGCAGGGGUCUGAUCUUCACCAGUUCGGAGCCAAGCUGCAUGCGAUCCUGCAUAAGAACGAGGUGAAUCGAGCCCCGAGAGCGUUCAUUCUCAAGCUGAACACGCUGGUGCGUCGAGCCGAGUCCACUUCGACUGCCUCUGGACACAAACGUUCGGCUACCGGGGUGUCGGGAGGUAAUAGCAAGCGAAGCCGUUGA